AUGGACGAGAAAGAACGGCUGCUAGCAGAAAUGGGGCGAGAUCUGGCGUUGUUCAUUGCUGGCCUAAUCGACACUCUCUCUCUGCCCUCUGGUGUUGCCGUGGUUGGAUGGUCGCUUGGAGCUCUCAAAGUGCUGUCAAUUGUGGCAGCCUUAGAAAAAUUACCGGACGGCACAAGACAAACUUUGCGCGGCUCUGUUCGCAGCAUGAUUCUUUUCCAAAGUCCAACAGUAGUGUUCGAUAUUCCAGAUCCAAAAGGACUUUAUAUUCCCCAAAACGAUCCUCAUAUUUCCGCCGAGGAGCUAGGGCCUUUCUUUGCACGUUGGGUCUCCAGCUUCUUCGUGCAUGGCGACCUCUCAACACAUGACCCAAGCAGUCUGACAUACGACCGCACAGAUGCCCUCCGCCCACCGACCAUUACCCGUUUUGCCAUGGAUCACCUCAUCGACUUUGCCGCGAGCUCCAAGUACGAUGCAGCCCUCAUCUCGCCGCACUUCGGUGGCGUUACCGCAAAGUUAGUUGAUCAAACCCUGUUCGACAUUCACGUGCGGGGCGAGCUGUGGAAGGACACCAAGUUCUUUGUUGUGGCUGGCUCCGCUGACUCGUGGGCGUCAAUUUAUUCCUCUUGGAAGCUGGAGGAGCGAAUGCUUGCCGAGGCAAGGCCGGAAUGCGCGAUCACAUUCAAGAUGGUUGAUGGCGCGAAUCAUUUUUCCAUGAUCGAAGAUCCACAGGGCACCCUGGACUGCUUCAAGGAGUGCUGCAUCUAG